AUGGGAAUUGACGCUGGAUUCGAUAUGGACCCUCCUUUGUCUAAAGGAGGUGUUGACAAACAAAACUGGGGACGCUUUAUCGACCUCAUUAAAGAGCAAUACAAAGAUGACGUCCAGGUCCAAAUAAUGCCGAAUUACAUCAACUUCAACGCGGGCGAGCAUCCUAAGCUUCCUUUUGAGGGUCACAAGUUUUUGCGGUUCAGUUCGAAAGUCUCCGGGGCCAUCGCGAGUAGCUCAGGAGUAGAACGUUAUAUCAACACAGUCACACGUGUUGCAAAGGCCCAUUUUGGCUCGCGUGUUCAAUAUUGGAACGAAAAUGCCAACCAAUACGGUGUUCAUGACUGGGAGAAAGUCAACGAGUCGAUCCGGUCUUAUGAGCAGCCCGAUGUACUCGAAACUCAAGCUAGCAUUACCCCACCUCUUAGCGAAAUCGAUCCUGUCAAGGAGCAGGGAAUUGCACUAUUUGAGAUUCAGGAUAUCCCCGGCAGAGGUAGAGGGUUAGUUGCCCGGUUCAACAUAUCUAAAGGCACUCGAAUUAUUUGCGAAAAGCCACUUCUCACAGCUGGACCUAUGCCUUCUGAUAAGCUGGAGUUGUUUCUCGCGAAGAAAUUAAAGGCAAUGUCAAAAACAUCACAACGGCAGUUCCUUUCUCUUCACAACAACUUCCAAGGGAAGUAUCCGUUCGGCGGCAUCUUCAGGACGAAUGCUCUGCCGUGUGGAUCCGGGUCGCCCAUUGGCGGUGUAUACCCCACAGCUUGUUUCAUCAACCACAGCUGUAUCCCGAACGCUCACAACAACUGGAAUAGUGCCGAGAAGCACGAAACCAUCUACGCCAUUCGAUCAAUUGAGAGAGGAGCAGAGAUUACAAUUACCUAUGAUCAUGGAGGGGCCUCAAGGGAACGAGAGGUAUUUUUGAAAGACGCCUUCGGUUUCAGAUGUGAUUGCAAUGGUUGCUCUCUCCCAACCGACUUACUCAAAGCCAGCGACAACAGGCGUGUUCAGAUCCAGAGUCUCGAUAAAGCCAUUGGUGACCCCUUUCGCAUGAUGAACAGCCCACGUGAGAGCCUGAGUGAUUGCUUUUUGAUGCUUCAAGUUCUGGAGCAGGAGUUUGAUGGCGCUGCUAGUCCGAUGAUUGCUAGGCUCUACUACGACGCUUUCCAAAUUAGCAUCGCGCAUGGGGAUCAAGCGCGGGCCAGUAUGUUUGCAGAGAGAGCCUAUAAGGCCAGGGUUAUCUGUGAGGGUGAGGAUAGUCCAGAGACACUGAGGGUGAAGUCUCUCGCAGUAAAGCCAGCAGAUCAUAGCAGCUUUGAAGUAUGCUCCAGGAAGUGGCAAACGACAAGGGAUUCGGUACCAAAGUAUCUGAAUACAGUGCAGUUUGAUAAGUGGUUAUUUAGGCAAGAAAAUUAG